AUGGAGGUGUUGCCUUUGCUGUUUGCUAGGAAUGAGGAUGGCACCAUUCAGCUUCUUGUGGAACAUGUUCACUCUACUGACGCUGCCGUGGACGACGGAGCCGUUACUGCAGCGUUGCAGUCGGGGUUGUGUUUCUCGCCGGCGGCCGUCGUGCAACGGUUGGAGCGGACACAGCGCCGGUACCUGUGGCUCUACCUGAAAGCGUUGCAGGCUCGAGACAAGGCGGUGUACGCUGCACUGUCGGAGACGCACGCACAGCUUUUUGCGACGCUCUUUAUUGAGAACAAUCCAUCUGGGCUGCUCGCUUUCUUGCGUGAGAAUUCAGCGCACCUUCCGAAGCUGAGGGAGAUAUGUGCGCUGUGCAAAAAGCACCAGCUGCUGGAGGAGAUGGUUUUCCUGCUCGCAAGGAUGGGGAAGGAGGAGGAGGGCCUUCACAUUAUUGUUCACGAAAUGAAAAACGUGCGGAAGGCGGUGCAGUUCAUUGCCGACGUCCCCAACGUGGAGGAUCAGCUCCAGCUCUACAAAAGCCUUGUGCAGAUGAGUGUGGACGUGAACGCCAUGCUUCACAGUCGCCACGGGCAGAAGUACAUUGAGCACUGCGUGACAGAAGGGGAGACGUGGGACAGCAUUUCCCGAAAGUAUGGUGUCGAUGAGAAUGACCUGCGUAUGGCAAACGGCGCUGGGACGCCGCUGUUCGGCGGUGACAUGAGUCGUGUGGCCCCGGCGAGCGGCACGUGCAUCGUGCCGCUAAACCUUUUGGAGGCGCUGCUGCGUGCCAUUGUGGAUCCCUCAAUCAGCGGGCGUGUUACACUGGACCCCGCACAAGUUGUUGAGCUGUUACCGGAGAAUGAGCCCAUGCCGCAUGUGGGAAGUUCCAUCGCCGCCGUAGCGCGGAGCAAGGCAAAUGAUGUGCGACUUAUGACGGCUGUUGUGCAUGUGGCGACGAGUGACUUGGGGAAGCAAUAUCAGACGCUAUACCGACGACGGGGGGCCGCAAUUUGCGUGGAACCUGGAAUGACGAUGUGCCCCUUUUGUCACCAGCCAACGAUGGCGGGCGUUGUGGUCUUCGGAUGCUCUCACACGUACCACAGCAACUGCGUGAUUGGCUACCUCGCUGGCGAGGGUGCUCUGCUCGUUGAGCCAGCUGACGUUGAUGUCGGCCGCUUCUUCAAGUGCCCGGAGGAAUACCUGAGGCCGGACACGCGGCAGAGGUCGCCGCGCUGCCUCCUCUGCAACGAGGUGCGCGGGGCAGUGAGAUAA